UUAUUUUUUUUGGCUGAUAUGGUUAGAAUUGCAUAUGUGGCAAUAUUAUAUGGAUUUAAUUUGAAUGCAUCGGCUAUGUAAAGUUUUUUUACACAUGUACCUAAUCAAAUCAAAUCAUGUAAAUCUAUGAGGAAAUAUUUUUAACUAACCUACAAAGUGGUACUAUAGUGUAAUUUAAUUGGAUACAUAUGUAAAAAAGUUUUAUGCAUAGCAUAUAUACAUGUUCCACACUCAUAAUAAUUCAAUAAGCAGAUAUGUUCAAAAUUAAUUUUGACUUAUGAGCUUGUCCAUCCAAAUAAUUUCAGCUUAACUUUGGAUUGGAUAGGAACCCUGGACAUAAACAACCCCCAAUAAUAAGAUAACAUUAAUUAGCAAUUUUUAAACAUUUAUUAACACAACAGUACCAUUAUUGAGUGAUCAAACAAGACUAAAACAGAAAAAGGCAAGGCUUAUGGAGUAGGCAAAAGGGUUACUUGCAACCAUUAAGAAAUAUUAAACUCAGCAAAAAGACAUCAGGUUUGGUAACUCAAACCAGAAAAAACGACAAAGAUUACAUAAUUCAAUUCAUAUCUUUUGUCCAAGUUACACAUAAACAUAAUUCCUUAAAAACAUAAUCAGAGGCUCAGAGCUAGGAUUAGUUGGAACUUAAUUUAACAGGCUUGCGUAAGAGUGAUUAUGCUACAUUGACUUUGUAAAGUACAAUGCCAAAUGAACUUUUUUUAAAAAUGGUUAUUGAACUAAUCACUUUCUCAUUCAUUUUCAGCUACGACACUUCAUAAACCAAAUCAGCUACAACAACUAUUCCUCAAACCUCAUACUACUAUAUCUUUGUCAUUCACAACAGAACAUAUUUUUAUCUUUGACUACUGUUUCAUUAACAUACCCUUCUAUCUCUUCCCAUGAUGUUUUCAUCACCCUUGUUGACCUUCUCAGAAUCACCUUAUUAAUUCAUGAGUUGACUUUGUAGUUAUGUUUUCAUAUCUCAUAUGUCGCUCAUUUCAAUUCUUUUUUUAGCAAUAUGCAUGCAUGAUGCAUCAAGUAACCAUUUUCAAUGCAUGACACUCUUUGUGCAGCAAUCUAUCUGCUCUGCCUACAAAUAUAUACACACAUACAUAUAUCUUCCAACUCUACCACCUAAGAAUCCAUCUUCAUCAUUUCAAUUGAGUCUUAGCUAUAAUGAAGACUUCAACAUUUUUUAUAGUAGUUUUACUUCUUGUGUGUUUCAUUUCAAUGCCAUUUCUAAUAGUCCUUGGCCAAGAAGAUUUAGAUAAAGAUACAACUUUGAGAAUACUUUUGGAAGUGAAAAAAUCUUUUGUCCAAGACCCAGAAAAUGUUUUGAGUGAUUGGUCAGAAGAUAACACUGAUUACUGUAGUUGGAGAGGGGUUUCAUGUGGUUUGAACUCUUUGGUUGAUGACUCGGUGAAUAUGGUUGGACUCAACCUUUCUGACUCUUCACUCACUGGGUCAAUAUCACCUGAACUCGGUCGUUUGAAAAACUUGCUCCACCUUGAUCUUUCUUCAAAUAGUCUUGUGGGUCCCAUUCCUACAAAUCUCUCUAACCUUGUUUUAUUGGAAUCUCUGCUUUUGUUUUCUAACCAACUCAAUGGCUCUAUUCCCACUGAGUUUGGCUCGCUCACGAGUCUCCGAGUCAUGCGACUCGGUGACAAUGGGUUAACUGGUAUGAUUCCUGCGUCUCUUGGGAAAUUGGUUAACUUGGUCAGUUUUGGCCUAGCUUCAUGUGAACUCGCUGGACCGAUUCCACCUGAACUCGGUCAACUCAGUCUCUUGGAGAAUCUUGUUCUGCAGGACAACGAGUUGAUGGGUCCGAUUCCAUCCGAGUUAGGAAACUGCUCAAGCCUCACCGUGUUCACUGCUGCAAACAACAAUCUCAAUGGCUCAAUUCCAAGUGAACUGAGUCAACUCAAGAAUCUACAACUUCUCAACCUUGUCAACAAUAGCCUAACAGGGGAGAUACCGAGUCAACUCGGUGAUAUGAGUGAACUCGUUUACCUCAAUUUCAUGGGGAACCAGCUUGAGGGCACAAUUCCACCGUCUCUAGCUCAACUGGGUAAUCUUCAAAAUCUUGACUUGUCUAUGAACAAGCUCAGUGGAGGAAUUCCAGAGGAGUUUGGCAACAUGCGUCAGCUAGGUUUCAUGGUUCUGUCUGGUAACAACCUUAAUAGCGUCAUACCAAAAACAAUAUGUUCCAAUGCAACAAAUUUGGAACAUUUGAUGCUAUCAGAAAAUGGACUUUAUGGUGAAAUUCCAGCUGAAUUGAGUCAAUGUCAAUCACUGAAACAACUUGACUUGUCUAACAAUUCACUCAAUGGUUCCAUACCUCUUGAGCUUUAUGGUUUAGUGGAGUUAACUGAUCUUUUGCUAAACAACAAUAGUUUGGUUGGUUCAAUCUCUCCUUUUAUAGGGAACUUCAGCAACUUGCAGACACUUGCUUUGUAUCACAACAAUUUGAAGGGUGAUCUUCCUAAAGAGAUAGGAAUGCUUGGGAAGUUGGAAAUUUUAUAUCUUUAUGAUAAUAGAUUAUCAGGGUCUAUACCUAUGGAGAUUGGUAACUGUUCCAGCUUACAAAUGAUUGAUUUCUUUGGAAACAGUUUCAAGGGAGAAAUUCCCAUCACUAUUGGAAUGCUGAAAGAAUUGAAUUUCCUUCACCUUAGGCAAAAUGAGCUUGUUGGUGAGAUUCCUGCCACCUUGGGGAAUUGUCAUAAACUGAGUAUCCUUGAUUUGGCUGACAAUAAGCUCUCUGGUGCAAUUCCUCCAACAUUUGGAUUCCUUGAGUCAUUGGAGAAGCUCAUGCUCUACAACAAUACUCUUGAAGGUAACCUUCCUCACCAAUUGAUAAAUGUAGCAAACUUGACUAGAGUGAAUCUUUCAAAGAAUAGGUUUAAUGGUAGUCUAGUGGCAUUGUGUAGCUCUCAAUCGUUUCUUUCUUUCGAUGUUACCGACAAUGAGUUUGAUGGCGAAAUUCCGCCUCAUCUGGGAAACUCACCCUCCCUUUAUAGGCUAAGAUUAGGCAACAAUAAAUUUUCUGGCGAAAUUCCAAGGACAUUGGGAAAAAUCCACGAUCUGACAUUGUUAGACCUAUCAGGAAAUUCGCUUACCGGACCAAUACCAGCUGAGCUUUCUUUGUGCAAUAAACUGACUUACAUUGAUUUAAACAGUAAUCAUCUUUAUGGACAAAUACCAGCAUGGCUUGGAAGUUUGCCACAAUUGGGAGAGAUUAAGCUCUCCUCCAAUAAUUUUUCGGGAACUCUUCCAUUAGGCCUAUUCAAAUGUUCCAAAUUAUUAGUCCUCUCUCUGAAUGACAACCUUCUCAAUGGAAGUCUCCCAUCUGAUAUAGGUGAUCUUGCAUAUCUUAAUGUCCUCCGACUUGACCGUAAUAAGUUCUCCGGACCGAUCCCUCCAGAGGUAGGAAAGCUGAGCAAGCUUUAUGAGCUCCAACUCUCCAGGAAUAGCUUUAAUGGUGAGAUGCCAAUUGAGAUUGGAAAACUUCAAAAUCUACAAACCAUUUUAGACCUCAGUUACAAUAAUCUCUCAGGUGGCAUACCACCUUCUCUAGGGACUAUGUCAAAAUUAGAAACACUUGAUCUUUCCCACAAUCAACUUACAGGAAAAAUCCCUCCACAAGUUGGUGAAAUGAGCAGUUUGGAAAAGCUUGAUCUCUCUUACAACAACCUUCAAGGGAAAUUGGACAAGAAGUUCUCCCGGUGGCCAGAUGAAGCAUUUGAAGGGAACCAACAUCUUUGUGGAAGCUCUCAAGACCGCUGCGACAGUGAUGAUACUUCCGGCAGCGAGCCUUCAGGCCUAAGUGAGUCAUCCGUGGUGAUAAUAUCUGCCCUUUCAACUUCGGCUGCAAUUGCACUAUUGAUACUUUCAGUGAGAAUCUUCUGCAAAAACAAGCAAGAUUAUUUAAGGGAAGACAGCAAAGUCACGUCUUAUGUCUACUCUUCCUCUUCAUCACAAGCGCAGAGACGGCCACUGUUCCAGCUAAGAGCUGCUGGAAAGAGGGAUUUCAAUUGGGAAGAUAUCAUGGAUGCAACAAACAAUCUAAACGACGACUUCAUGAUUGGUUCAGGAGGUUCAGGGAAAAUCUACAAAGCUGAAUUGACCACUGGAGAGAUAGUUGCUGUUAAGAAGAUUUCAUCAAAAGACGAUUUUCUGUUGAACAAAAGCUUCUUAAGAGAAGUUAAUACACUGGGGAGAAUAAAGCAUAGACAUUUGGUGAAGUUAAUAGGGUUCUGUAGCAAUAGAAACAAAGGAGAGGGUUGGAAUCUACUGAUAUAUGAGUACAUGGAAAAUGGAAGUUUAUGGGAUUGGCUACAUGGAAAACCAGGAAAUGCAAGCAAAUUAAAGAAGAGACUUGAUUGGGAGACAAGGUUUAAAAUUGCUGUGGGAUUGGCUCAAGGAGUGGAGUACCUGCAUCAUGAUUGUGCACCAAAGAUCAUUCACAGAGACAUCAAAUCCAGCAACAUAUUGCUAGAUUCCAAAAUGGAGGCACAUUUGGGAGAUUUUGGACUAGCAAAAGCACUCAUUGAAAGUUAUGACUCUAAUACUGAGUCGAAUUCUUGUUUUGCAGGAUCUUGUGGUUACAUGGCACCAGAGUACGCGUUCUCCCUGCGUUCAACAGAAAAAAGUGAUGUUUUCAGCUUGGGAAUAGUUCUGAUGGAACUUGUUAGUGGUAAAAUGCCAACAAGUGACUUUUUUGGAGCUGAUAUGGACAUGGUGAGAUGGGUGGAGAUGCAUAUUGAUAUGCAUGGCUCUACCCGUGAGAAAUUGAUAGAUCCUGAACUGAAACCUCUUUUCCCUAGUGAAUUGUUUGCUGCUUUCCAAGUGCUUGAGAUAGCUUUGCAAUGCACCAAAGCUACACCACAGGAGAGACCAUCUUCAAGGAAAGUAUGUGAUCUUCUCCUCCAUGUAUUCAGUAACAGAACCAUGGACUUUGAGAAGAUGAAAUUGGAUCAUCACAAGUAAAUUUAUUUACGAAGGAAUGAAACAAAUCCAAAUAUUACCAGACUUAUGUGCAUGAUACUUUUUUUGUUCAUUUAAUGUUCUUUUUUCACAUUUAGAUUGUGUGUAUAGAAACAAUUGCAUAGUUGUUGUUACUAAGUAAAUGUUACAACUAACAGCCAAAAUUGAAAGCAUUUUCCAUUAAUUUUCAUUUUGGAUUCUAGAAUACUUGUUCCAUGUCUUUCAAACAAGAGACAAAAUCAAAAGAUGUUUCGUUGAAGAACUGUGUUAAAUGUUUUUAGAGAGAAUGAUGAUCUUAAAUUUAAUCUUAUCUUUCUUAGAAUAACUCAUAUUUUACAUCUUAUUACCAUCUAUUAUUUUCCUACUAUUACACCUUUUAACAAUUUUGCUGUGUGGAAACUAGCCUCUGGUUCACACUUUCACAGGACAUGAAAAGAAAUUUGAGUAAACGAAAAAAAAAAUGGAGGAAAAGAAACUUAACAAAAAGAUA